CUAGCGGGUCCCAUGGAUCGGGGAUGGAUGGCGCAGUGUGUACAGUGGGAGCGAGUUUAGCAGCCAAAGUUCCUCAGCUCAAGCAGGAAAGUUCGCUGGAUGUGGUGAUCCCAGCUCCUCUUGUCAUGGAUGUCCUGCACCAGCACGCGGACACCGACGCGUGAAAUAACGCGGACCUUGAUGCAGCUGCGUGGAUGUAUUUGGGGGGAAAAGAUCAAAGUUAACGUUCUGCUGGCUUCGCUGCACGCUGCUGCCCUUUCAAUGGACUGUCGGUUGUCUUAUCGCGCUGUAAGUUGGACAAAAACUCAUCGCAUGUUUGGAGAGAAGUGUUUAUCAGCAGAAUGACCUGGCAGCUGACGUUAUGCCGUGUGGUCCAGCCGUAGGUGUUAUAAAACUAUGAACUCUCCCUGUGAGCAGGAACUGGGAGCCUUAUCUCGGAAACACCGACUCAUGGCUGCAGCGGUGCCCGGUGAGGACAGCCCAUUGCCCCGCAACGCGUCCAGAGCUGAUCGGAAUGGAUUAGGGGGUUUUGUCCACUGUUUCAUAUGUGGAAGCGGAGUCACACCUGGGAAAGAAUUACGGCUGCAAGUGACGUAUAAGAAAGAGAGGUUUCCCUUUUUCCCAUUCCUCCAAAACCAGGAGCCAGCCCCGGGCGCGUGCGAGCUGAGCCCGGAUGGACACGCGCUGGUGUGCGCUGUGUGCCACUGCUUUCUGACGGAGCAGUGGAAUUCCUUCGAGCGGAGCAGGACACCCAUUGAGAAGCGCAUGUACUGGUUGAAGCGACCCUACCAGUGCGACUCUCGGCGGGUCCCGCAGGAGUGGAACAUCUCCUACGACUUGGAGAGGAGGGUCGAUGUCGGCGGGGGCGCAGAGUCGGAUUUCUCAUCCUUUUCUGACAAUGAAAACAUCUCAGAUCAGGAGAUGGAUCUAGUCGACAGAAUCGUCCCAGGAAAGGAAAAGUAUCUGAGAGCACCUGGAAAAUCGCCAAGAGACAGUAGCAGGAAAAACAAUGUCAUCAGUAUUAAAAACAGCCCGGAUUCACAGCGGGCGACGCGCUGCGCGGUGGGUGUUUAUGACGCGCAGGCAUUGCCUAAAGCGGAGAGCGUUCAGCCGGCAAGGCGCGGUGCUAAAAUUAUGAAUAAUGUCCGUCAGUCAUCAGGAUCUCCGGUAAAGUCCCAGGAGAGACUCCCUCAGCGAUGUUAUGACAAUCCCCAGCCUGACACACCUGUGCAAGACAACGGGGUCAUUAUACGCAACAGGCGCUGGCUGCAGGAGGAGAAUGUCAGACAUGUGGAGCCGCGUCAGAUCCAGCGUGUUGCCGACAGCAGCUGUGCUCCAUCCAGACACCCAUCGCUGCUGCACCGAGGGAGAGCCCUGGAUAACUCCCUGUCUUCUGUUGGCACGGCUGCUGUCAUCUCUAAAUGUAACGUGGCUGUUCCCAGGGAGAAUAACUCUGACAGCUCAGAUGAAGAUGAGAUUAACAUCACAAGUGAUGAUGACAGGGACAUGUAUGGCCGCAAAGCAGGCUCAAUAACUCAGCUCAGACCUGUCACAGACCUCUCAGCCAGAAGGAGUGUCCCUUCACCUCACACUGCAAACUCCAGUGCAGAGGAGUGUGUGUGCUACAUCUGUGGCACCGGGCUCAGACAAGAUGGUUGUUUCGAAAUCAGCGUACAGAAACAGGAGCGGGCCCAGGGGGAGCCCUUCUUUCCCUUCCUGUGGCUUCACUCAGCUCCCAGAGGUGCAGUGCCCAUCAGUCCAUCAGGCACGACCAUUGUCUGUGGAAGCUGCCACACCUCUCUCAUACAGCAGUGGCAGAGCUUCCAGCUGGCUGAUGUGCCUGUCCUCCAGCGCCUGUAUGUAGUCCCUAUAAAUCAGGACACCAGUGCCCUCCAUCCCUCCCAGCACACUCUGCGUGACGAAAAGACUCCUGUUUCAACAGAGCAUUUACCUGAACCUAAAACGUUCCAUGAAGCCUGUUUCCUUUGUGGCAAAGAGUGCAGAGGAGAUAUCAGAGUGGUAUAUGCACAAGCUGGUGUUGGAAAAUCCCGCACUGUGAUGUACUUCCCUUUCAUCAACAUGCUGCCUUGUCCACCCAAUGCUCAGAGAGUGAGGAAUGGCCGUGUGCACUGUUGCUCACAGUGCCAUUCUCUUCUGGAGGACAUCUGGGGGGAAUAUCGGCUCAGCCUCAGUGAAGACCUUAUCACAUCUGUUAGCUCUUUCCUCAUUAGGUACCACACAUCCAUGUCCAUUGAGGGGUCAGGUCCAUCACACACGCAUUUAGGACUGACUUCACACGCCAGUGGCUCCGUGUCCGUGUGUUACCUGUGUGGAGCGGAGCUGACUGCAGGAGGAGAGUACCAGCUGCAUGUCAACCCACCGGGUCGUUGUGGGGAGAGGGAGCCUUUUUUUCCUUUUCUCACAGUUCACCCUCCUGCACCCCGAGCCAAGCCAGUUGAUGCCACAGGUCUGGUGUCAGCCUGUAAGCUUUGCUACCACGACCUGCAGGCUCAGUGGGCCCAACAUGAAAACAGGGGUCUGGAUCCUUCCACUUCUAGCUCAUCAAAAGCUACCUCCCAGCCACCAAGCUCCCCCUGGGCUCGCCAAUACAGCUGUGAGGCGUUUGUGUGUUUCUUCUGCAGGCAGGAGCAACGCAGGCAAGGAAGGCUAUGCACCAUCACUGUGGCCCGGCUGCCUGUGUUUCUGUAUGCUCCGCGGAACCCUCAUACUCUUCUCGUGGAUGAUGGUAGCCGGCUGGUGAUUGGCUCGUGUGUGGAUUGCAAAGCGGUGGUGCAGGUGGGACAGAGCAUGCAGCAGGAUGGGGGAAUCCUGGAACAUAAAGCCUCGAUCGGAGAAAAGAAAGAUCCAGAAUCAGAGCUGGCGCAAUCAAGACAUAAGGCAGGAACUACAUCUGCAACUGGAACUGCUGAAGAGGUGGAUUCGGGUUUGAGGCCUUCACAGCCUGCAGUGCCUGAUCGCACGUCUUCAUGCCCGGUGACCUUAGAGGCCGAGAAAGCUGACCAUCAACAUUCCAGCAUGAGCCAUGAGCCAAAGUCACCAUCAUUAGGAAUGAUCUCCACAGCGACACGUACCACGGCGACAGUCAGCCCCCUCACCCCGUCGCCUCUUAACGGCUCCAUCGUAGCAAAUGGAAGCCCAGCUGCGCAGUCGGCCCACUCUGGAUUUGCUGCAGCCCUCCGUAAACUGGCAAAACAAGCUGAAGAACCCCGAGCUGCAUCCUCCAUCAGCAGCGAGUCAUCUCCAGUGUCCUCCCCAGCAACCAACCACAGCUCUCCAGUCAGUACGCCCAAAAGAGGUCCACUGGGUCCAGGGCCUGUCCUGGUUCCCCCAUCGGGCCACAGUGUGCCAAACACUCCACCUGUAGUCACCAUUGCUCCAACAAAGACAAGCAACGGCCUGUGGAGGAGUGAAGGACGCCAGGCUGACUCGGGGCCUCGAGGGGCCAGCAGGGAACGUCUGGGUGCUGAGGGGUCCUUCUCCCAGGAGAAAGGUGGCCCCUCAGUUCCUGCUCACCUCCUGGGAAACCCCUAUGCCUUUGGUCUCACCCCUGGUGCGGUCAUGCAGGAUUCGCGUUUUCAGCCCCUUAACUUGCCCAGACAGUUGCCUAACACAGUGCCUCCUGGUCCUGUACCAGAAGAGUACCUCCGGGGCUUCCGGCCCUAUCCAACAGCCGAGGAUGCCCUCAGGAUGCCAUCUCUGCCUUUGGGCCUGGACCCAACAGCCUAUUACCACCCCGGCUACAUGCCCCACCCCUCUUUUGCGCCAUACAGAAUGGAUGACCCGUUCUGCCUCUCUGCUUUAAGGUCACCUUUCUAUCCACUGCCAACAGGGGGAGCGUUACCCCCCAUCCAUCCUUCUGCUGUUCACAUGCACCUUCCAGGGCUCCGCUACCCUGGAGACUUUGCACACCCUUCGCUGUCAGCGCUGCAGUCUGAGAGGCUCCAGCUGGAUGAUGAGCUGCGGCAGCGCGAGAGGGAGCGCGAACGGGAGCGUGAGCGGGAAAAAGAGAGGGAGCGCGAGGCGGAGAGGGAAAAAGAGCGGGAGAGAGAACGAGAGCGCGAACGGGAACGAGAGAAGGAGCUGGAGAGGGAAAGGGAGCGAGAGAGAGAACGGGAGCGUGAGAGAGAAAGAGAGAAGGAGAAGGAGAGGGAGAAGGAACUGGAGAGGCAGAAGGAGAGGGCACUGAGAGAGAAGGAGCUGCAGGCAGCCAAGGCCAUGGAGAACCACUAUCUUGCUGAGCUCCACUCGAUGAGGGGACAAGAGGAACGAACCAAGCCUGAGAGACUAACGCCCAAUCGGGCUGAUAAAACCAAAGAGCCUGCCCUUCCAGCUCCCAAACCAGUUCCACCUGGAAUCCACUCCUCAAUGGUCUCGCCCCAUCAUCCUGUUCCUGGUCUAAUCCCAGGCCACGGCCUCUACCUGGGGCCCGGCGCUGUAGCCAUGGGGCUCCCAGCCUCGAUUAUUGCACAGAAGGCCAAUGAGGAGGAGAGGUGGUUGGCGCGGCAACGCAAGCUGCGUCAAGAGAAAGAGGAUCGUCAGUACCAGGUGUCUGAAUUCCGCCAGCAGGUUCUGGAGCAGCAUCUGGAUAUGGGCCGGCCCGCUGACGCACCAGAUCACAGGACAGACUCACACAGAUCUGUACAAAACCACCACGAACCAGGAAGCAGAGAACAUCACCCCCACUUAGGUGCCCCGCCCCCCCUCAUCUCCCCCAAACCUCCACAGCCACCUCGUGAACACCACCCUCCACCUCCCACCACACUGUGGAACCCUGUCUCUCUCAUAGAAACAUCUUCUGAAUCCAGACGGAGCCACGAGCCCUCAGGGAUGGGCCACUAUGAGCUCAGUCGGUUACCCCCAGGACCCUCCAAAUAUGAGGAUAUAACUCGAAGAAGAGACGUGGGAGCGAUGGAGAAAUAUCCCCCUCUGAGAGGUCCUCCAGGGCUGCCUGAGCCCAGCACUUUUUUGGCAGAUCUAGAGAAAUCCACACAGACUCUCUUGAACCAGCAGAGGGCGUCACUGCCUCUGACAAGCCAGUAUGAAAUGGAAGGAAGCACCAAAAUCAAUGCUGGGCUGAAGAACCUCCAGGGACACCCGGGGCAUGGGAGACAUGGACACGGUCCUGGGAUGGUUUCUGGGUUGGGGGUGGCGCAGGUUACCCCACUGGGGAUGGUUCCAGACACGAUGCUGAUCUACGACGAGUUUCUGCAGCAGCACCGGAGGCCCGUCAGCAAGCUGGACCUGGAGGAGAAGAGGAGAAGGGAGGCCAGGGAGAAUGGUUACUACUAUGAGCUGGAUGACUCGUAUGAUGAGAGUGAUGAAGAGGAGGUGAGAGCCCAUCUCAGGAGAGUAUCAGAGCAGCCCCCACUGAAGCUGGAUGACUCUACUGAGAAAUUAGACCUUUUCAAAGUGGUAGGCCUGACCACGGUGGGCCGGCGUGACGAUCUGGUGCAGCAGAAGAGAAGAAAAAGGAGGAGACUGCUGAAGGAGCGCAGCCCUUCCCCUCCCGCCUCACAAUCAAAACGCGCUCCCCCUCCUCCUCCUCCGCUCAGCACACGCUUCACUCCUGAGGAAAUGGACCGAGCGCCAGAGCUGGAGGAUAAGAAGCGAUUCCUCACCAUGUUUAGACUGUCUCAUGUCACUAUGCAGCAGAGGAAAGACAAUGAAAGGGUGGUGGAACUGCUUCAAGCCAUUAAAGAGAAGAGUGUAACCUUGGAUACCAUCAGGCAUGCACCUCAUCCACUGUGUAAGAGCCCUCCAGCACAUGCACAUGAUUCAGCGUUCAGCCAGCACUCUGAAUCUGAGGACCACUAUAACGUCAGACUACAGAGCCCCCCCUCUCAUUGCCCAGCAUCCCCCAACGGCCAUUCAAAAUCCCUCGGAGACACGUUAAGGCCAAAGGCACCCCCCUCUCCAGCUGUCUACCCAGCUAAGGCCCGGGGGCCCAGCGAGGGUCCCCACUCAAAGCGGAGCUCCAGCUUGCUCAACAGCUUGCGGCCCCCGCUCCCCCUGCAGGCUAAAGAGGGGCUGCACAGCAUCAAUGGACGCUCAAAACCCUGGGACAGUUUCACCCCGGAGGAAUUUGCCCAGCAGUUUCACGAGUCUGUGCUUCAGUCCACUCAGAAGGCUCUGCAGAAACAUAAAGGGACAGCGGUAGGUGUGUCAGAGUCCUCCCACCUCCAGGAGUCCUCCGUCCACUACAACAUCCCCGAGCUUCAGAGCGCACCCAGCCGGCCGCCGCAUUCACAGCCUCACACGAACGCGCCUUCAUUUCCUCACCCGCCAUCACACUCCCACCCUCAGCCCAACGGGCAGCACUUUUCACUGCAUCUGCACAAGGAGGCUGCAGUGAUCAGGGAGGACGUCUCCGGUCCAGACAACUCUGAGGAGGAAGAAGAGGAGGAGGAAGAGGAGCCUCCUGUUUCCAAGUGGCAGGGAAUUGAAUCGAUAUUUGAAGCCUAUCAAGAUUAUAUUGAAGAGCAAAGUUUGGAGAGACAAGUGUUGCAGAGUCAGUGUCGAAGACUAGAAACUCAGAACUACAACCUCAGUCUGACUGCUGAGCAGCUGUCUCAUAGCAUGGGGGAGCUGAUGUCCCAAAGACAGAAGCUAGCAGUGGAAAGAGAGAAGCUACAAGCAGAACUGGAGCACUUCAGGAAGUGUUUGACACUGCCACAGACACACUGGCCAAGGGGCGGUCAUUACAAAGGCUACCCUCCAAGGUGACCCCGCCACGGCGUUUUGAUGACCCCCUGAACCCCCAAACACCUCCCUUCCAGACUUGAACCCAGAGUUUAUUUUUCACAGCCUGGUCCUCGUGGCACCAUACAGGAGAACGUGGCAGGCUAGCUAAGAUUAGUGAGAAAAUGAAUAAAUGGAGUGAAUGAGUAGACAGGUGAAUGCUCAGGGGAGGGAGAGGCAUUCGGUGAAGGACAGUUAGGAUUUGGAUUGUGGCUUGCCAGGGACUGAACCGAAAACCACUGACGCGUGCCAAUGUAGCCAACCUGCGAGCGGCGAGGCGGAACCUGAACAUCCACGCAGACGCACCUGCUGCUUCCACUAUCCAGCUCCUGCUGCUCUGUCGGUCGGUCCAUCCCCGCACCCCUCGGCGCCACAGACAAUCCUGCCAAUGAAGGAGCCGCUUCCCCAGGAGGGGGUUUGUCACAAGACUUGAGAGCUCAACGCAAAGGCUUCCAGUCAGUUGGGACAGAUUUUUUUUUUCCAGAGGCCACGUGAGCUUUUUGAACUGGAAAUGCACUUAAGAAUCAAAGCUGAAGAACUACCUGUUGGUACCGCGUUACAACAAAGAACUAUUCACACUAGGGAAGAACUUAAGAAAUGUACUUUUUUUUUUUUUGGAAAAGAAUUAAGGAAAUGUUUUAUUUCAAUAGAAAUUUUUGAAAAUAAGAAUUUUAAAAGGUGCUUCAGCCUUGUAUUGUAAAUAAUAUGAAGACAAAUGAAUUUUGUAUGUUUUUAUUACUUUAAUCAUUGUUCUUUUAAGAAAAAAAAGCCUGCCAUUUUUAUAUGUUUUUGCUUUUGAGGGGAUUGCGAAAAGAGAAAAAAAAGCCUUGCUUUUAGUGUUUGUACUGCUGCUGGCCAGAAAAAAACUCAUUUUGAGAUGUUGGAACAGAUUGAGUGAAAGCAGGAAGUGCUCCUGCUGUCAUUCUGCGCCGAGACCUGGCCACAGCCACCUCAUCCAUCCCUCUGAGCUCAGCGAAGCUCACUCAGAGGGCCGCGAGACCCGGUGUCUUUCCGCUCACACCCCUCCCGUUUUCUUUCACAGCAACACGUCUUUAUGUUAGAGACCCCUGCAACGCUUCACCGCUGCUAGCAUGACACGUUAGCUUGUAAUGUCCUUGUGCAUAAAACCAGACCCACGUCCAGUUCAGAUUGCUUUACCAUUUGACCUUUACAUUCUACAUAGCCUUGAAGUCACAACAUGCUUGCCUGAGAUGCACCUUCCAUUAAAGGACGUUGUGCCAAAAACAGCAUUUUUUUUAUCGCUGACCUUGACUUGAGUUGUAAUUUGGCAGCCAAAUAUCCCCCACACCUAAAAAACAACAUCUUACGCCCCUAAGCUGCAACAUGUUUCCUAAAAAUCACACUUAGAACCAGGAGUUGAAUUUUACUUGUUCACAUAGUCCGAGUUGUAACGGUUUGCUUGACCUUACACGUGUUCACAAUCUGUGUCCUAUAAUUGGAGAAGUAGUAUUAUUUUUAUGUUUCUGGUCUAAAGAUGUUUGAUCUCAGACCCCCUAUGUUACAGAUUUAACAUCACUGGGAUGUUUGUGUUGAGGGGUGAAGCCUUUCAAUAAGCCCAACUACAAAAAAACGGUGUAUACAUUUUAAAAUGUACUUAAAAGAAGUUAAUUUAUAGUAAAAGAAAGAAAACACUGAAGCACAACUAUGCCACACUAUAUAAAAAGUGCCUCAAUAAUUUGGGAGCAUGCGAAUGAGUUUGUCCACGUCGAACAUUCUCCACCCAACAUUAGCGAUCAGGGACUCCACAUCAAAGUGUCUUUCAAAUAUGUGCAAGUCAAGAACUGACACUAAACUGAUCUGAAUGCAUCUCUAAAAACGUUUUUUUUUUAAACAAAAGUUUCAUUAAUAACGUAAGCCUAAACCAGAGGACCACAGAGUGUAGCCUGUUACAUUUACACAGCAGUGGAGAGAGAGGGCCAACGGUGCAGCCGGCCGGUAAACGAGGAUGCAUGCACGCUGAGGGAAGCUGCCAAUGAGCUGUGGGAGGAAGGUGCAGUAAGACGAUCCUCUUCCUCAGUCUCCAACCCACGCACGCCCAUGCAAUAGUCCUGUUACUCAGUGGAAGAUGUCUAGAUGCUGUGAAAUCCUGUUUUUUAAAAAAAUGUACUUGUUUAAAUUCAUUGUAAUGUAAUAUAUUCUUUGUUGAAUGUAGUAAUUAGGUAUUUAUGAAUAUAUGGCUGUGAUUUCAGACAAAAAAGAAAAUAAAAUACUUCAAAAAUGUUAAACAUUAA